AUGUGGUCUCACCCCAAAGCAAUCUUCCUCCUUGUCAAAGCCACUCCCCUCCAAGGUCAAUUAUUCAAAAUGUCCAACACCAACUCCAAGCCGACUUUCAACGCCGUCAUGCUGCCUCCCACUGCUCUCCUCAAGAUAGAGGCUGAGGGAGUCACUUGGGUCAAAGCUCAAUUCGCCCAGCUCAAAGCCCCACUUCCCGGAAAAGGUGCCGAAACUGCAUUGACAAUGGUCACGAAUAACAAGAACCACCUUACUAGCGUCAUGACUCCCAAAUUCACCUUGAACGGAUAUGCCAGCCCCCGAUGA